AUGAAGGCCUCACUUCUCCUAGCCUUUGCAAUUGGCGCCAUCGCCCAAAAGGCAUCUCCGCCACCAACAGGCCAGCCACCACUACAUACCUUCCCUCCCAUCGACACCACGGAACUGGUCCCCAGCGGCGCAAGCUUGCCCACAACGCUGGGAACAAAAGUCACUGGCACAGGUUCAGGUGCUGCUACCGAGACGACCGCAACAACUUCAGGUUCCAUGUCAGCUUCUACGUCUGGCUCGGCUUCCACGGCCGCCACCAACGGAACAAGCACGUCUUCUGGGCUGGCGAUGCCCACGGGCCAGGUUCACCUUGCGCCUGUGUUGGGAAUAGCGGCUGCUGUUAUGAUGCUGUAA